AUGGCCCGCCCAAAAGGCAGUACGACGAAGCACCUUACUGAGGCUGAACGUCAGCGUAUACGGACCCUCUAUAACGACGCAAACCUUCCGCAAGCUCAAAUAGUCAGUAUUACUGGUUUUUCAAAGGAUCAAGUACGUGUGGCAAUACGGGCCCCGUCAGCAGCCGUAGCGCCUCGAUCAGGCCGCCCACGUAUCAAGAAACCACGGCAAGAGGCAUCGUAA